CAACCAUCGAAAAAGCCAUCACCUCGCCACUCUUCGACUCGCAAAGCACAUUCAUACUGCAUACAUACAAAAUGUACUUGUGGCGGGUUUUUGACGCAGUCGGUAGUGCCUUUGAAGCUUAUGACGGCAGACUAUCAGACUACUACUUCCUCAAUCAAUGCAUGCGCAUCAUUUGCGAGAUAUACGGAACGGCCCUCCUCGGCAUCAUGGACUAUUCCUUUUUGCUCCUCGUGCUUCGAUUUGACGCAGAGGAACAGCCGUGGCGCACACUCGGCCACGACCCAUGGGGAUUCAUCAUGUCCAAGUACACCAAGAUCUACGAUGUCGGCAGCACUGAAGUAUACGACACGCAAGGGGGCGACAAUAGCGGGAACAUGGACAGUUUGGAUGUCCUGAACGGAACAACGCCCGGCCAAGAGCCCAACUAUAGGUUGGUCCUGCGCAGAUACGGCAAGGGUGCUCGAAAUGGCAUUGAGCGGUUGGAUGGAUGGAAAAUCUUCGGUCUCAUCGUGCACUGGGUCAUACACGACGCUCGCACUGGCAUAGCCGCUCAUCAACUCGCCGAGAAAGAGCGCGGUAUUGAAGACCCGGGAUUCGAGCUGGAGCACUUAAUCAUAUACAUCUUGUCACUUGUUCCCAUGUUCUUCAGCGGGCAGACUUACUAUGAUCAUCCAGGGGAAUCGACUAUCUGGCUGAUCGUGCUGGAGCACGUAAACCAGAUGCUAGCCAAGUUAGCUCUCUGCCGACUUGAAGAGGAUCUGUGAAGUUAUGCGAUCAAAGAAAGGCCGCCAGCAGGGGAACAUUAUGCGAUGGAUAGAAGAGGAUCGGAAAGAAUUGGAAUUGUUGCGCUUGGAGAUGCAAUACACGAAUCAAAGCCCUGAGCUAUAUCCAGUAGGCUUACUUGGUCUGGUUACGGUGACGAUAAUAAGUGCAUCAUAC